AUGAUUCUUACGAGGCAUACACACGUCAGCUGCCUCCCCUUGUACACAGACGCCACGAGAAGGCUGAUCCGGUGACGCUCAAUUCAACCAGACUACAGCUCUUAUGGGGCGCUGUUCCCUACAUUCCUUGUAAGAUCCGCGAGUACAGCGACGAGCCCUUCCUGGCCUGCAGCGCCGCCCGAGCAGAAGCCGGAAGGACCACGUGGGUCGCCUUGGUAGGGGAUUCUCAGAUGCGGCUCAAGUUGCACCUUCUGCUCCACGUUCUACCUCAAGGCCUCACUUACACCUUUACGAUGGAAGGGCGCCAGGUGUCGAAGGAGACGUUCGAGGAGGCGGUGGUCACCCACAAGGUGCAUCCUUCAACCUUCGAGGUGAUCGGCCACCAUCCGAGUCCCAAACUCGACCUUCAAGAUUCGUUUCGGAAUGACUCUCUCAAAAGCGAAGACGCAGGCGGCCCAGAGGCUUCAGGAACGUACGUAGUGAGAGUAACUUUGGUGUGGGCGCCCCUUGGGUCCAGGAGAGGCCACCCGCUGGAUCACGACCUUGCCCUCACCACUGCAGUCCAGGAGUGGGCGGCUGCGGCCACCAUUCCCGAUGUUAUUGUCGUGGGCUACGGCUUAUGGUUUCUGUUGAUGAAGGAAUACGAAGGUGAAUUGGUCCCUUUUACGGAACUGGACAGACUUUCGAGACCUUUGCUGCCGCCUUUCACGACGCUGGCGGCCCGGACGAAUGUCCUGUUGUGGGCGCAGAGCAGAUAUCGUCGCUUCAAUUUCGAAACUAGUCUCGACCUGCUAGAUACCGAUCCCAUUAGUGCCUGGAAGAAGCAUUUAUACCAAGACCAGUUCGCUGGGUCUAUUCCUAUCCUCGACGACUGGCUGUGGAAUAUAUUAAGAGCGACCGGCAUGUGGCGAUGGGACACUCUCUUGCCGUUCAACCUUGCCAGCCUUAACGAAUGCAAGUAUUUACACACUUCAAACAUGUCUCAGGAUACGUUGUACUUGAGCCGCUGGUGGAACUGCGCAGAUUCCUUCCACACGUCGUACAGGACAGAUCGAGACGAGUUCCAGCUCCUCUUGAAUUUGCUCUGCAAUCCCUUCUUGCUUCCCGAAAGUGGAUAUUGUUGUUCCUAGCGCGCGCG